AUGGCCGAAGGUGAUGUUCAGCCGGGUCAGUGCAAUCCAACUUUAUGUUUUGGGCAGCAUCAGUAUGCAGCUGAGGAACAUCAGGCAAUCCAGACUGCAUUGCAAAGGUGCCUGGGCCCAGAAUACAUUAGUCAACGUCCAGCAGGUGGAGGGCAAAAGGUCUGCUGCUUUGAGGGUCACAGAGUUGUCAACCUAGCUAAUGAACUUUUUGGAUAUAAUGGGUGGUCCCAUUCCAUCACACAACAAAAUGUUGAUUUUGUGGAUCUCAUUAAUGGAAAAUUUAAUGUGGGUGUCAGUGCAUUUGUAAAGGUCCAACUCAAGGACGGAUGUUUCCAUGAAGAAUUUGGUUAUGGAGUGAUUGAGGGACUGAAAUCCAAGGCAAUGUCCCUGGAGAAGGCCAGGAAGGAAGCAGUUACUGAUGGAUUAAAGCGAUCUCUGAAAUCCUUUGGUUAUGCCUUGGGUAAUUGUAUUCUGGAUAAAGAGUAUCUGCGAAUGGUUAAUAAACUACCUCGGCAGUUUAUGAGUGAAUAA